CGCUCUUUACAUUUUCCAACACUAUUUCUCACCUUUUUCCACACACACUUUUCAUCUUCCCAACUUUUUUAAUCAAUGAAUAAAUCUCUCCGAUUUCUCACUCUUCUAGUGGAACAACUUUGCUCAAUCGUAUUGCACGUACGGAAGAUUCUGAGAAUUUCAGUUUGUGGAGCUGAAAAAUGGAGGAAAACUGUUCAGGAACUAGUAACCGAUCGUGGCCUAGAGAUGAUUUUACUGAUUUGCUGUUUUCGUGGUCUCUAGUAGACAUUUUUGACGAGGAUGUGUACAAGCAUCAGGUGGAGAAGAUUCCUGAGGUAUUCGAAAGUGUGGAUCAUUAUCUUUUAUCUUAUGCGUACCCGUUAUUAGAAGAAACGCGUGCUGCAAUCGCUGCUUCCUUGGAAACUGUUUACAAGGCACCUUUCUCUGAAGUGGUAUCUCUCGGCGUGGCAAAAACAGACUCACUUGUGUACAAUGUUAAAGUUGACAACUGGAGAAACAAAAUCACUGAUCGUGGCAAAGAGCCAUACAGAACAUUGCCUGGUGAUCUUGUAUUGCUAUCUGAUUCGAAACCUGAAAGUGUUUCUGACUUGCAACGCAUUGGACGGAUGAACACUUUUGCAUCUGUAGUCAACAUUUCUGACGAUGAGAAUGGUGAUAAUUGUUCAUCCUCUGCUUUCAAGCUUAAAACUGCUCACAAUGUUGAAGUUGAUGAUAAGAAAAGCAAGUCACUCUAUGUGGUUUACUUGACGAACAUAACCACUCACAAAAGGAUAUGGAAGGCAUUAAAAAUGCGUCGAAAUCUGAAGAUCAUUGAGAAAGUAUUAGUCAAGAAUGACCUGGGUGAGGAAAAUUGUGAAUUUUGCCCUCAAGGUCUUCACAGUGAAGUCGAGGAGAAGUUUCAAUCAACUUUAUUAUCCAAGUCAAAUGAAUCACAGCUUGGGGCAAUUAUGGCCUCUAUAAGCAAAAUUGGAUGCAAGCACCAGUCUUCUGUGGAGCUGAUAUGGGGUCCACCCGGGACUGGCAAGACAUCAACCUUAAGUGUCUUGCUCUACAUCCUCUUAGAAAUGAAUGUGAGGACUGUCAUCUGUGCUCCAACAAAUACUGCAAUUACAGAGUUGGUUUCUCGUGUGACGACACUUGUGAGAAAUGCAGUGAAAACUGAAAGUGGGAAGAGCAUGUUGACUUGUCCUUUUGGAGGAAUGCUCCUCUUUGGGAACAAUGAUCGUCUGAAAGUUGGUUCUGACAUUCAGGAAAUUUUUUUAGAUUACCGUGUUGAUCGGCUUACAGAAAUCUUAGUACCACUAACUGGCUGGAGGAAAUGUGUUUCGUCCAUGAUUGAUUUUCUUGAGGGUUGUGUUUCUCAGCAUAGAAUCUAUGUGGAAAAUGAACAGAUCAAAUCCGAAGAAAACUUUGAUGGUGAAGCUGUGCAGUCUGGUACCAAAUCAUUUUUGGAUUAUGCUAGAGAUAGAUUUAAGAAUUUAGCAUCACCUUUGAGAAAUUGCAUGCUGACAGUUAUCACGCAUUUACCAAGAAGUUUUGUUGAUGAGGGGAACUACGAAAACGUGGUGCAACUUUUUUCUCAUCUUGACUCUCUAGAAAAGUUGUUGUUUGAGAACAAUGGCAUGACGUCUAAGCAUUUGGAGACUAUCUUUGCGCAACAAAUAAUGAUUGGUUCUGAUUCCUUUCUUGAUGCAUCAUCCUUACAGUGUGUCAGAAGCCAGUGUCUGUUCGUUCUAAGAUCUCUUCUGACUUCUCUCAGUAGAUUUGGCUUUCCAAAAGCAUUUGGUAAAAGUUCAAUUAAAGAGUUCUGCUUCCAGAAAGCUUCUCUGAUAUUUUGCACUGUAUCAUCGGCAUUCAAGCUACACUCAGUUGAUAUGGAGCCAUUCCAACUACUGGUCAUCGAUGAAGCAGCUCAAGUAAAGGAGUGUGAAACAGCCAUAGCACUUCAGAUCAAAGAUGUGAGGCAUGCUAUACUUGUUGGUGACGAGUUUCAAUUGCCCGCAACAGUAUCUAGCAAGCUGUCCGAAGAAGCUGGCUUUGGGAGAAGCUUGUUUGAAAGAUUAAGCUCAAUGGGUCAUCCCAAGCAUCUGCUUAAUGUGCAGUAUAGGAUGCAUCCGUCAAUAAGUUGGUUUCCCAAUUCAAAUUUCUAUCAAAACCAAAUAUUGGAUGGACCUAAUGUGCAGAGCAAAAGCUAUGAAAAAUCAUAUCUUGAAGGGGAAAUGUUUGGUCCCUAUUCAUUCAUCAAUAUCCGUGGUGGAAGAGAGGAAUUGGAUGAUGUGGGUGUCAGCAGAAGAAACAUGGUUGAGGUCGCUGUGAUAGUGAAGCUUGUGCAGAAACUCUUCAAAGCCUGGAGUAGCUCAAAAGGAAAUCUGAGUAUUGGUUUGAUUUCUCCCUAUGCUGCUCAAGUUGCUGCAAUUCAAGAUAAGCUUCAAACUAGAUAUGAUAACCUUGAGAGGUUUACAGUUAAGGUGAAGUCAAUUGAUGGGUUUCAAGGUGGUGAGGAAGAUAUUAUAAUUAUAUCAACUGUAAGGUCUCACAAAGGUGGAUCCAUUGGUUUCUUGUGUAGUCCUAAAAGAACCAAUGUUGCUUUGACCCGAGCUUGUCAUUGUCUAUGGAUAUUAGGAAAUGAAAGAACUUUGAAUAGAAGUGAUUCAGUUUGGACAGCAAUAGUGUCUGAUGCCAAGAAUCGGCGAUGUUUCUUCAAUGCUGAUGAAGAUAGCGACAUUGGAAAAACUAUUGUAGAUGUUAAAAAAGAGUUGGAUCAAUUUGAUGAUCUUCUAAGUGGGGAGAGUACACUUUUCGAAAAUUUAAGGUGGCAGGUUUUGUUCAGUGAGAACUUCCGGAAAUCUUUUCAGAAACUGAGAUUCUCUCACACAAAGAAGUUGGUCAUAAAUUUGCUAAUAAAGCUUGGAAAUGGUUGGCGGCCUAGGAAAGUAAUUGUGGACUGGAAAUGUGAGAGCUCUUCAUACAUCAUAAAACAGUUUAAGGUUGAUAUAUACUUUGUUGUAUGCUCCAUUGACAUGAUGAGGGACUCCAUCCAUAAGCAAGUUUUGAAAGUGUGGGACAUAUUGCCUAUGACGGACACCAUAAAAUUGUUGAAACGAAUUGACAGCAUAGCUUCUAUGUAUACAGAUGAUUUCAUCAAUCAUUGCAACGACAAGCUAUUUGAGAGGAAUUUGGAGGUGCCAAUGAGUUGGCCGCUCUCCAGUGAUAUAAUACGUUUCAAGGAUCCCAGUAGCUCCAAAUUAGUCUCUGGUGCAAAUACUAGCUCGGCUGAAUGCAGAACUUAUGUUGAAAACUCAAAAGUUAGCGAAAGCUUGUUGCUCAUGAAAUUCUACUCCUUGUCAUGUGGUACUGUAAAUCAUUUGCUGUCGGACUUUGAGGGUAAAUGUAUUGAUCUCCCAUUUGAAGUUACUGACGAGGAACGGAAAAUAAUACUUUUUAAGGAAAGCAGUUUCAUAUUGGGUCGUUCUGGCACUGGGAAGACGACUAUACUAACUAUGAAGCUGUACCAGACAUUUCAGCAGUUCUGCAUUGCUUCACGAGAUUCCAUGUCAGUUGACGACAAUGUGAGUAUUACUGAUGAAGUUGAUGAUGACAGCGAUGUGAGUGGCACCGAUGAAGUUGAUGUUGAACAGUUGCAUGGUGGACCCACGGUUCCUGUAUUACGCCAGCUAUUUGUCACUGUCAGUCCAAAACUGUGUCAUGCUGUUAAAAAGAAUGUAGCUCAGAUGAAAAGCAUUGCUACUAAAAGCUUCUCUGGACAGGACUGCGCCAGUAGUAUGGAUAAUGUUGAUGAAGUUUCUGAAUUUAAAGAUAUCCCAGACACAUUUGUUGGCAUUCGAGAGGAAAAAUACCCUCUUAUAAUUACAUUUCACAAGUUUUUAAUGAUGCUCGAUGGCAGUCUGGGAAUGUCAUUCUUUCAGAGGUUUCCUUCUGUAAGAGAUUCCCCUAUUUUUGAAGGCACAAGAUCAGUCGCACUACAGACUUUCUUGAGGAAGAAUGAGGUAACUUAUGAUCGAUUUUCCUCUAUCUAUUGGCCCCGUUUCAAUGAAAAGCUGAAGAAGAGUCUUGAUGCUUCAAGAGUUUAUACUGAGAUAAUCUCACAUAUUAAAGGAAGUCCUCUGGAAGGUGAAUCGUGUGAUUACAAGCGAAGCAGACAGGAUUACUUAUCAUUGUCCGAGAGUAGGAGAUCCACCCUAUAUGUGGAACAAAGAGAUGCAAUAUAUGAUAUCUUUGAGGACUAUGAGAAAAUGAAGUUGGAGCGCGGUGAAUUUGAUCUUGCUGAUUUUGUGAGUGAUAUUCAUCUCAGAUUCAAUGAAGAAUAUUUUCCUGGUGACAAAAUGGACUUCGUCUACAUUGAUGAAGUGCAAGACCUUACCAUGAGGCAAAUUUCCCUUUUCAAAUACAUCUGCGACAAUGUUGAUGAAGGGUUUAUGUUUUCUGGUGAUACAGCUCAGACAAUUGCCAGAGGGAUUGACUUUAGGUUUGAGGAUAUUAGAUCCUUAUUCUAUACUGAGUUUGUUAUGAGAUCUCGAAAUCCUGAUUUUGCAGGUAAUGAAGACAAAGGACUUAUAUCCGAUAUGUUUAAUUUGUCCUACAAUUUCCGUACCCAUACUGGAGUACUUAGAUUAGCUCAGAGUGUUGUAGAUCUUAUAGGCUAUUUUUUCCCACAUUCCAUUGAUAAGCUGGACCCAGAGACGAGUCGUAUAUAUGGUGAGUCCCCCAUUGUUCUAGAGCCUGGAAGUGACGAUAACUUGAUUAUAUCUAUUUUUGGACAUAGCGGAAAGAGUAGUGGAAAAUGGGUGGGUUUUGGCGCCGACCAGGUUAUUCUAGUAAGGGAUGAUUCGGCAAAAAAGGAAAUUUCUGACUACAUUGGUCAUCAAGCUCUCAUUCUGACUAUAGUGGAGUGCAAGGGCCUUGAGUUUCAGGAUGUUUUGUUGUAUAACUUCUUCGGCUCCUCACCGUUGAGCAACCAAUGGAGAGUUCUGUAUAAAUUCUUAUAUGAAAAAGGUCUUCUUGCUGGUGAUUCUCUGACGUCCUUUCCGAGUUUUAGCCAGUCAAGACACAAUCUGCUAUGCUCUGAAUUGAAGCAAUUAUAUGUGGCGAUUACUAGAACAAGGCAAAGAUUAUGGAUUUGUGAAAACAAUGUAGAGGUUUCCAAGCCAAUGCUUGAUUAUUGGAGGAAGUUGUCACUCGUGCAAGUGAUGAAAAUAGAUGAUUCUAUGGCGGAGGCAAUGCAAAGGGCUAGCACUCCUGAAGAGUGGAAAUCGCAGGGUAUGAAGCUCUUUUGGGAAAAGAACUAUGAGAUGGCGACAAUGUGCUUUGAAAAAGCUGGUGAAGAGACAUGGGAGAAAAGGGCUAAAGCCUCGGGACUUCGAGCUGUUGCUGACAGCCUACGCGGUUCACAUUCUGAAGAGGCAGCUACAGUGCUUAGAGAGGCUGCAGAAAUAUUUGAUUCAAUUGACAUAGUUGUAUCUGCAGCUGAAUGUUUUUGCGAAUUGGGGGACUAUGAAAGAGCAGGAAGGAUCUAUCGAGACAAGUGCGGUAAGUCAGAAAUAAGAAAAGCUGGUGAAUGCUUCUCAUUGGCUGGAAAACAUGAACUUGCUGCCAAAGUUUAUGAGAGCGGGAACUUUUUCAGAGACUGCUUGUCAGCUUGCUCCAAGGGAAAUCAUUUUGACCUUGGUUUGCAGUAUAUUGAAAAGUGGAAGCAGCACGCUCUAUCAAACAGCGUAAUAAUGGCUAAAUUUAUGGAGAUUGACAGAAUUGUGCAAGAGUUUUUGGAAAAUUGUGCUUUACAGUGUCACAAGGCAAAUGAUAAAAAGUCGUUAAUGAGGUUUGUUCGAGCUUUCUGCUCAGCAGAAUCCAAACGCAACUUUUUAAAGUCACUGGAUUACCUUGAAGAGCUUUUGGCUUUGGAAGAAGAGUUAGGAAACUUCAAUGAGGCUUCUGAGAUUGCCAAGAGUCUAGGAAACACUCUACGAGAGGUUGAUCUACUGGAAAAAGCAGGACAUCUUUCUAGUUCAUGUUCAUUGACAUUGUCUUACGUUCUUUCUAAUGUUCUGUGGGGAUCUGGUAAUCGAGGAUGGCCGUUAAAGUCCUUUCCUCAGAAAGUGGAACUUUUAAAUAGAGUGAUGUUGGUUGCGAAGAAGGUUUCUGAAACCUAUCAUGCGUCAAUUUGUGCUCAGGCCAGAUUUUUGUUAUAUGAUCACAAAAUUUUGUCUGAAUUGAUACAGUUUUACAAUGCUUCAAAGCAAUACGAAACUCCAAUUGCUGAAGUUCUUGUUGUUCGGAAACUUCUAGAUGUACAUUUUGGCGCGAAUGUUGCCAAGUACAAGUGGGAUCGUGAAUUGCAGUUGGAUUCAAAGUCAUUCAAUCAGAGACUUGCAAGAAAUGAAGUCUCUUCUGGAACACUUGUUUACCUUUGGAACUUGUGGAAGGUACACAGUUUAGAGAUAUUAGAAUGUCUCCACAGCCUUGAAAAGACAGAUUCCAUUGAACUAGAAGGCCUUGUUGUGUUCUGUUUUCAUUACUUUGGAUUGAGGUUGCCCGAUAAUUCGUGUGUCUCCUUCCACUUGCUGAACCCUGAUGCUGCUUGGGUGAAAAAUGUUGAGGGUUUCAUUCGCUGGAACAAAAAUGUGGCGACUUUAGAACCUCGUCAUUUUGCAUCAGCUGCUCGUAUAUUCUGGCUACAAGAAUUAGUUGUUGUUGGACUUAAAGUAUUGGAAGCUCUUCAACGUCUUCACAAUAAUCCCAUGAUGAUGCAAUUGCUGGGGUACUGCAAAAGUAUGUGUCAGCUACACAUAUUCGACAUUGCAAAGUUCUUUAUGGAUUCGAAGUUUAUUACUUUGAACUUCCAAGAUAAGAGGAAAUUGCAGGGUCUUGUGGAGCAAUGUACUCAGUAUGCUGAUGUUGUUUUCCCAUUGGACCCUCGAGUCUCAUUAUGUGAAAACAUGCUUUCUUUGAGAGAAACUGACCUUUCUAGAAAUUUACUUGAAGAAAUUGUUAUCAGAAAUAUUGGUGGAAGGAGGGAACUGAGUAGUGGGCAGAUUGGACGGGCAGUGAUGACAAUGCUAGGAAAUGGCAAACUGAAGAACAGCUUCUAUGAUAUAAUUUCUGAAAGGCUUUCAAACGGCACACCUUGGAAGUCAUUCAUCGAGAAUCUCAGGGGCCCCAUUGAGUCAGAUUCUGCGAAGGAAUCUAAAUCUGGCAAGUCUAUUGGAGAUGGUUCACAUUCACAACGUGUGCAAGAAUCUCCACUGAGGUGCUCAAGGGAAGCUUUGAGUGAAUUACUGCAUAGUGCUUUGGAAGAGACUUAUAACAUCAGUUGGAGGCUGUAUGACUAUAUAUCUCCAAACUGUUUUCUUUAUCUUUUGGAAAGAAUGUUGAUCUUGGCUCCUCAUCCAAGUGGCUUCUUUUAUACAACAAAGUCCUCUUUUGUUGAAUACUUGGUAAGUAUGCCACCGGAUGCCAAUCCCAGAACCAGUUUGGCAACGCACAACAGAUCCCGACCAGAUAUCAUGAUUAGGUUUGUUCUCCUGGUGGUUGAGCAGUUUCUUUGUAACAGACUUGAAUCUGUUGAAUGGACUAAGAAAUCUGCCAUCAAAUGCAAUUUUUAUAUUCCUGUGCUUCUGCUGAGAUCUAUCAUGAUUCUGUGUGUGCUGUCUGUAAACUGGGGCUUAAACUUUGAUAUACUCAAUCAGAAGAUGUCCCGAUUGGAUAUCACAUCCCACCUGCCAAGAGUAUUCUGUGAAGCUCUUCGACCUAGAAGGCGAAGUUAUGUUCAAUUUGUAUCAGCAGUUGCUACUGCUUUCAAGCUUGUUGGUGAUCCUCUUGUCAUUGUGGAUUCGGGUGACAUCAAUCGCAACUUCACAUAUCCUGAUGCUGUCUUACUCGACUUGAGAUCCUUCUCUUGCAGAGCUGAUAUCAUGACAACUCUAUUUCCUAGGAGCACAGCAGCGUCGGAUGGUCAGCCUACUACGGUUGAAACUAAUGUGAUCGAGCCCAGCAGUGUAGUCAUGCCUCCUGUUGUCAGCAAUAAAGACAAGAAUGCUGCUGUGGAAUCUUCAGAAAUGGCUUCAAAAACUGCUUCAAGCUCAAGUUCAGUGAAUGGAAGUGGGAAAUUGCUAGUAAACUGGGAUUUUAUUGGGGAGAUUUCUGAAGCAUUAGAGUCAUAUACAAAUAGAAACGAUGAAAAUCUAAAGAGUCUUUUUCUGGGAAAGAAGGUGGAUUUGGAGGGCCAUAUAAGCUUGAUAACUGGUACUAUUGAAUGCCUAAUUGAACAGAGGUCUGAUUCUGGUGAAGAAAAUGAGCUUCCAUUUGAUGCCAGCAGCUUGGUCAAUGAUUUACGUACUCUUAUGUCUUUGUUACACACAAGUGAGUAUGAUUCUAAAGCCCUGGCAGAGAUAGGGGAGCUUCUGAAGAGCAUGGAGGCGAGGCGGCCUGAGCUAGAGGUGCUAACGAGCUUGCUUGUAGGGAAGAACGACGACAGUGUAGUUGCUGACUCUGAAGAGAAGGGUGAUGACAAAAAUUCCGACAGCAAUGUUGAAGAUGAGGAUAGUGAAACAGAGGAUUCAGCAGCUGUGGAAGCUGAACCCAAUCCCAGCAACAAGGGAAAAGGAAAGAAUGAGAAGAAAAACAAUUCAAAGAAAGGGAAUUCAGCAGCUGAGGAAGUGGAAACCAAUUCCAACAAAAAGGGAAAGGGAAAGAAUUCAAAGAAUAAUAAUAAAAACAAAGCAAAGAAGGGGAAAGGUGGUAAGAAGAAGAGGUAGCCAGCUUUGAGGCAUGCUAGCUUGAAUUUGAUAAACGACUAGUUUUAGAGUUUCGGAUGGUUCGAGUUUGAACGAGCUUUAGUCUUGAACAUUAACCUUCUACCGCUAGACCAACACAUGCCCACAACAACGCGUAGUUUAGUUUCGAAGGAUAUUGUGAAAUGGGAAAAGGAAGAAUGUUGAAAAGUUUUAAAAACUUGAAAUAAUUUUUGAAUGG